AAAAACCCGCCACCGGGGCGCUGCAGUUAGAACGAGCCACCGUCAGCAGCCCGGAAAUCAGUUUCCGUCUUUUGCCCCCUUCAAACAUGGCGGAGGUCAGGCUAUGUUUCGGAAGGGGAGCGUACAACUUUGCACACAAAAUAUACAACCGACAACUCCUUGAAAGUCAAAAUAAAGGUGCCAUACAGGCUUCGUCUCUAUCGACUUGGUUACUGUUGGGUGAUAUCCAAAAUGGAGAACUGCACGGAGCCGAAAAUGCAGCAGACAAAGUGACCGGUGGAGUUUCAAAGGACAAUUACACAAGCAUGACACCGUUGUAUGGUACGGUUAACGAGGCAAAUGUCGCUGAGUAUUACGAUUUUCUUGGACUCAACAUAGAGUAUUCACUUUCUAAUAGGUCCAAGGUUCAAAAUAUAGAGACAAAUCUACCGAGGUAUCGGACGAACCCCGAGUUUCGGAGGACUCUCUGCACUUCCAGGUCCGUUUCUCGACAACAGACUUUUAGUUUGUGUUGGGGACAUGGACAGUUCAUCAGAGCUUACAGCGGCAACGGAACCCGAUAUGAGCCCCUUUGCAAAACCAAAUCAGGCUACUAUGAAAUCCUGGAGGUGUCACCUACCGCCACUCAAGUCCAGAUAAAAACAGCCUACUACAAGCAGUCCUUCGUCUACCACCCGGAUAGAAACGCCGGCAGUGAGCACGCCACUCUCCGCUUUUCAGAGAUCAGCGAGGCCUACACCGUACUGGGCAAUAAGGCACUGCGGAAGAAAUACGACCGGGGUAUGUUGAGUCCGUCGGACCUUUUAGCAACAGCCAGACCCUCCGCCAAGGACACAGGGAGCUCCGCGAAACAGACAACCGAAGGCCGACGGUCUGUGGUGGGCGCAGACAGCCGAGGAGACGUCUUUGAUUUCGACAAGUUUAUCAAGGCCCACUACAGCGAUCAGCUGCAGAGGGAAAGAGAGAUCAGAGUCCGAAAAGAGGAGAUGCUUAGGAAGAAGCAGGAGACGAUUGAGGAGAAGAAGAUGGGAAGGAUGAUGGAGAUGGGAGUUGCGGUGCUGAUAGCUAUGGCCGUGGGUUUACUGGCCAGUUUAAAGCGAUGAUGAAGUUCAUUCACGUCGAGACAUGGAGAAACACACACA